AUGCCAUCCAUCCUAAGAUUACAAAGAAUGUUGCUUUCCAAUGACACACAGUUCCAUCCCUCCUCCUUCUUGCUGCUGGGAAUCCCGGGAUUGGAAACACAUCACCUCUGGAUCGGAUUUCCCUUUUUUGCUGUGUAUAUGAUUGCAUUAGUAGGAAACAUCACCAUUCUCUUUGUGAUCCAGGCUGACAGCAGCCUACACCAGCCCAUGUUCUACUUCCUGGCCAUGCUGGCCACUAUUGACUUGGGCCUCUCCACAGCUACCAUCCCUAAGAUGCUCGGCAUCUUCUGGUUCAACCUAAGGGAGAUCAUCUUUGAUGCCUGCCUCAUCCAGAUGAUUUUCAUCCACAGCUUCACACUUAUGGAGUCAGCAGUCCUCUUAGCAAUGGCUUAUGACCGCUAUGUGGCCAUCUACCACCCACUGAGAUAUUGCACCAUCCUCACCAACAAGGCUGUUUCUGUGAUUGUUUUAGGUGUAUUAGUGAGGUCAUUUAUUUUUGCUCUUCCAUUUGUAUUUCUCAUACUGCGAUUGCCCUUCUGUGGGAAUCAUGUCAUCCCCCAUACCUAUUGUGAGCACAUGGGACUUGCUCGUCUGUCUUGUGCCAGUAUCCAGAUCAAUAUUAUUUAUGGCUUAGGUGCCAUUUGCAACCUAUUGUUUGACAUUAUAGCCAUUGCUCUUUCUUAUGUUCAGAUACUCUGUGCUAUUUUCCAUCUUCCUUCCCGUGAAGCCCGACUGAAGUCCCUCAGCACAUGUGGUUCACAUGUUUUUGUAAUUCUUGCUUUCUAUACGCCUUCACUCUUUUCCUUUAUGACACAUCGCUUUGGCCAGAAUGUUCCCCGCUAUAUCCACAUUCUUCUGGCUAAUCUUUAUGUCAUAGUUCCACCAAUGCUCAACCCUAUCAUAUAUGGAGUCAGAACCAAGCAGAUCUAUGACCGUGUGAAGAAAAUGUUAUUACAGAAAUAA